CGUGUUCGCUUCAAUUAGCAGAUAACUCAAACGAUUCCAAUGGCAUCAGGAUGCAGCCAACUGAGAAACAUUGUAUAGAGAGCCGCUCGUCUACAAUACGCCAAUGGACCGUCCCACAACCCUACCAAAACGGAAACGCCCUCCGUUCAAUCCUCCCCGCCCGCGAACAGCGAGCGGCAUAUCGAAACCCUCAUCAGCGUCAACAAAGUCAAAACCAAAUCUUAAGUCCACAGCCCGAACCACAACGCAAAAAUCCACCGCUUCCUCUUCCACCAUAUCCCGUCGAAAAUCUUCAACAGUUGACAAUAACGACAGUGACGAUGACAUCCGCGUCUCACGCACACCAUCCCGAACCCCCUCAAACCAUGGCUCCCCUACAUCCCCACUCGUCAGCACAUCAUCAGAUAACGAAUCCCACUCCCGCUCCCCUUCCGGCGAACCAGACUACAUCCUCGCUGAAAUCACCGAGCCUGAGCCUGUAGACCCACGCGAAGUGCUCGAAUCCUCCGACCCACAGAUACCGCCCAAACUUCUCACGACGCUCCUGCACCGGCACUUCCAGGACGACAAGACGAAGAUCGCCAAAGAUGCCGGGCGGGUGGUGGCUAAGUAUGUGGAUAUCUUUGUGCGGGAGGCGUUGGCGCGGGCGGCGUAUGAGAGGACAGAAGGGCAGAGUAGUAAAUCUGGUAGUCGGGAUGCGAGCGGGAGGGCGCGGGCGAAGGUUGAUAGUUAUUUGGAGGUUGAGGAUUUGGAGAAAUUGGCUCCGCAGAUGGUGCUUGAUUUUUGAUGGGCGUGGAAGUCUACAGAUGAGAGUUUUUAUGCCAAAUGUUGGGAUUACGGAGUGUGCACGUUGGCUUUGAUCCAAGCGGCUGUUUUCGGAUGGGAUUUUGAUUACACGGCGUAGAGGGAUGGAGUUUUGCGAAGUCAAUUGCAAUUAUCAACUACAGAUGUAUAUUCACCUGCAACUCGGGUAAGGGAGGAUUUUGGAGUAUGGCGUUCAGGGAGGAUAUACGGAGGGCCGGUCAGCUACAAACGAAUUGAAAACUGAUGCGAAAUAAUACAAAUAUGAUGAAGAUGGUGCAAAGUAGACACAAUAAUUCAAUAUUAGAUUGAUUCAAUGGCCCGCAAUUGUUGGCGGUAGAUGUCUACCAGCUACUCCAUACAAAGGAAUGAUAUCAACCAACCCCAAAACGAAACUAACUCCUAGCCACAAAAAUCCAACGGUUAUAAAUCAGUGCUGGAGAGCAACCAACAAUACUCUGUACAACUUAACUAUUUUCGACCACACUUACUAAAAACCAGAUACGUCGAGGAUGGUCAAGUCUACCAACAAGAUGUCGUGGCGUGAGGCUUGAGAAACUUCCUUCCCAGACACGGGAGAGACAGGAGGUGGCUCGAACCUCAAACAUGCGAUGCGACGCUCUUC